AUGACCGAAAUCAGCAUGUUGCCGAGAAGCCUUGGAAACUGUGUAUUGCCUCCUCAGUGUCGACAUCCAGAGUAUCAGUCUUAUGAAUCCCGUCUCUCUUCAUUUACUGGCUGGCCGAGUUAUCUAUCUCAAACACCAGAAAGUUUAGCAGAUGCUGGAUUUUAUUGUACAGGUGUUGAAGAUCAUGUACGUUGCUUCAGUUGUGAUGGAGGGUUAAGGCGCUGGGAUCCUGAAGAUAUCCCGUGGACUGAGCAUUGCCGUUGGUUCCCAACAUGCCCUUACGCAAGGGAAAGAAAAGGCGAGGACUUUAUAGCUCUUGUCUUAGCUUCUUCGGCGUAUAAUCAGGAGAGACCAACAAAUAUUGAAGAAAAUGUUGGUAGUGAGGACCUGCAGGGAGCAAUGGAUCAGAUGACACUUAGAGAUCCAGAAUUAAGAGCUGCAUUAGAGGAACAUAAAACUACAUGUCUAGAAAUGGGAUAUGACAUUGCUGAUGUAAAUGUAGCUGUAUAUGAUUUAAGGAAUAUGGGAACUUUUACACCGAAUAUUGAACAGUUAAUUGACCGGAUAGAAGUUGUCAAAGAAAGAAAACAAAGUAAGGAGAUGACUCGACAAUUGGAGAAGCGUCAUCAAGAAACCCCUCGUGAAGAAAAUCAACGUCUUAAAAGCCAAGUCACCUGCAUAGCGUGUGGAAAGAAAAAUGUGAAUACUCCCAUAAAUACUAUUGUUAUGAACUACGGAAAUAACCCAGGUACUACAUGUACUAGUAUAUCGAGUGAAAAAAUACGAGUUGUUUCCCUUAUCUUCGAGUAAACUCGAUAUCUUUUACGCUAUAACAAUACAGAUUAAGCCGUUUUUAAACCGCUAGUUUGUUGUGAUUAAAAGUCCGAAUUAUUACAUUAAUUGAAAGCUUUGGUUCUUAGCUUUGUCACGGUAUAUAAUUCAACACAUCUUUUGACAUCAAAGUAUUUAAAUUAGCUAUUAAACCUACCAUAUGUCAGACCAUUUUACAUACGAUUUAUACAGUGAGAUACGCAACCGGUUAUCUUUACCCGAAAAACUACUGAUAAGAAUAGCCUGUCGAAAGUGUUUAUUUGUGUAUUGUUCAUUCCUCCCUGCACUCAUUACCAAGUAUGCAUGGAGUGCGCUACGCUUUUCACUCAGUGCCCUGUGUGCGAUAGACAGAUUCGACAGAAGAUAAGAAAAUAUUUAGUGUAAGACAAAUAUUGUGUCAGAACAGUUUCUAGUGGAAGACAAAUACUGUUAGACAAUGCAUUAUAAUAAUUGCACAAUCUGUGUCAGAACAAUGAUUACUUUACUUCAAGAGUAUAUAAAAUGUAUAAUAGUUUCUAUUUACAACUUCAAAACCUUCACAUUUGAAGGAAAUAAAUAAAUGGUGCAAUAUUGGACCAUGGAUGGCGUCAACCGUCAAGCAUUGUUUCUGGAAGAUCUCAUGCGUAAAUCAUAAUUGUUGGGACUUUUGCUUUUAUACAUGCAUUUAUAGAUUUUUCACAACUAUAAACAUCUGAUUUCAUGUAAAGAUACAUAAUGUUUAUUUUAGUUUUUAUUUUACUGAGUGUAAUUUAUAAUAAAAAAGCAUGGUGUC